AAGCGGUUGAAUUAUGUAUACCGUCUCAUGCAUAAUUACUUAGGUUGAUCACACCACUUAAACUUAUGGCUAACAAAAUAAUUCAUGACUCAAGACUAUGAACUGCAUUGUUUUAGCAACGAGGUCAACUUAAACACAACUACUUUGUUACUCAAAAUGUGACAUUGCAGCUAUAAACAAUCUGAGUUUCAAUCAGUAAAAAUUCAAGUGUGAUUGUUCGAAAUUUAGGAACUGAUAAGAGCAUUUGAUUAGACACAAUCCUAGUAAUUCAUCAAGAUCAUUCUAAGUUGCGUUGAAUUCAAGGUAACUAGCGAAGUAAUACAUCGAAACACUAACGAAUCUAAAGAAUAAUCAAUUACCAACCACUAAAUUCAUGUAAAAAACAAGCAAAAGUAGAGGAUUCGAGGAAUAAUUUAGACGGUAUCUAAAAGGAAAUAAAUCUAAGAUUGACCAAGACUAUGAAAACACCAGUCGUACCGGCCAACACCCCUGAAGAAAUGGAAAUACCAGAUGAAGCGUUUUUCCUGGAUCAACUAUCGGGAUCAGAGGAGAGAGGUGUCGCUAACCCUCCUAUCAGAAUACCAAUUAAAACUCAUCUAAAAGACGUCUUCCUCAAGACAAAUCCUUGGCAUGACAGAAAACUCCAUACCAUCAUAGACCAACUGGAUAAAGAGAAGAGGCAAAAGUUAGACGCACUAAAUUGGGCACAACGACAGUUUUUCGUCAGCAGUGUCUUCGACCAUGAUAAGCUUCACUUUGUGACUGAUAAAUCAAAUGAGGAACAAAUUGAAACUUCUGAAAAACAAAAACUUGGACGAGAUUGUGACCACUUCCCUCCACUCAAAGCUGGCAUAUUUGCUCAAACAUCAGUCGUGAAGGAAUCUAUUGAUUCUAAGCAUGGUACAGAGCAGCAAAAUGAGGAAAUUCGCGAUACUGUGAGAUCACAGGAACAAACUGAAAUGACUAGAACGCAAUCAUUGCCACUUUUAGGUGUACUACGUCAGCCCCCUGCUGAGCUUAACUCUGCGAAGUUAGCUUGUUCACCCAAACUUACGAAGCGAACGAGCUUGCCAGAUAUAAAGCUAAAAAAUCCUACUCCUAGCAUCAAUGCACUUGGGCAUAAAGGGAUACGGAAAACCAUCACAACGAACUAUGAGUCGCUGAAUGAUUUACAUGCUUUAGGCGAAACUCGACCCGGAUCAGCAUAUGCCUUGCCUCGUAUUCGAACUAAGCAGGGUAGUGUUCAGCACACGUCUAUACAUGGCAAGAACGACGUUUUAGAUGCACCGCUGCACAACGCACCACCGAUAAUAGAAACUAGUAGAUACCACAAGAAGGACUGUAGUAGUGAAGAUAGAAAAGACGAGCUAUGCGACGACAAGAUUAUACAUAGACUGUUUUGCACUCUUCCCGAGCACCUUAAAGAGGUAGCAAAUGUCAAAUCGAAUGAAAUAACUACUAAAAUAAGAAAUGAAAUGAUAUCAAGGACAAAGAAGAAAUGCAAUGGAGAAGCGCUGCUCGAUGAGCGAUGGAAAGCACUAGUACAUGCAUUGCGGAAAUUAAACUCUGACUGACCCAUUGUUGUAAUAGAUUGGAAGUGGUCCCUUAAAUUUUAAAAUGAUAUUUAUCCUAACAUUCAGCUGGUAUUGUAAUAAGUCGGUAUAUGUGUCCCAUUUCUCUGUUUUAAACACCAUAAAGAAUAUGGAGAAGGGGAUUACUUCCGGAGAUACGUGGGGCUAGAAGAGACGAUAAAAUUGUUGUUUGUUGGUGAAUGGUGUAAGGAUUGAAAUAAAACAUAUGUACUUGUAGUUAAUGAUAAAUAUGACGUUUUUAUUAAUGAUGAGUUAGUAUUCCUAUAGGUGGCACUUGCAGUUCACUUCUUUUCACUGUUGGGUUUUGUUCACACUCCUCUUAUUGAUUGUCAUGUAAAUACUAUGACUGUAUUAC